CCCUCCAAAUCAUUGGAUUCAGGUGUUCUAAUCACCUCCAUGGCCACAGGUGUAUAAAACCAAGCACCUAGGCAUGCAGACUGCUUCUACAAACAUUUGUGAAAGAAUGGGUCACUCUCAGGAGCUCAAUGAAUUCAAGCGUGGUACUGUGAUAGGUUGCCACUUGUGCAAUAAGUCCAUCCGUGAAAUUUCCUUGCAACUAAAUAUUCCACUGUCAACUGUUUGUGGAAAUAAAACAAAGUGGAUGCAACUGGGAAAAACAGCAAAUCACCUCAAGUCGGAAUGACAGCAGAUUUUUAAAUUGUGCAACUUUACUGGAAGUCACGCGAUUUCCAAGUCGGAUCGGUGUGACCAGGGGAGGGGGGCGGUUAAGGCGUCAGCAAACAGACAUUUUGGACAAUUUCAUGCUCCCAACUUUGUGGGAACAAUUUGGAGAUGGCCUGU